UUCAUAUUUGUCGGCAACUUUUCAUCACUCAUAAUCGAUAAUUACAGUAGAAGAAAAACGAUUCACAGAUCCCUAUAGCAAAAAAAUUAUUGAAAAUAACAAAUCCACCAAAUUCCAAUAAUUCCAUGAUGAAUUAAUAUUCAACAAAUAUAUAUGGAUAACAAAUGAAACGGAUGAGUGAAAAAAUUGCUGGCCAAUUAAAUUUAAUUAAAACUAAUUGAAGAAAAGUUCGUGCAACAUAAAGGAAAAGCGCCAACCGCAGCAACCUAAUUAUUCAGAAGACUUUAUUUUGUAACAAAAAUGCCACCGUUGAAAUCGUACUCGCCACAAAACGAAUAUAAUGGUAAUGGUAACAAUAACUCACCUACCGAAAACACCUCAGGAGCAAGUGGAUCAUCUGAAGCCUCAACUUCAAAUGUUACCACGCUGAAUAUUCAACGUUCCAACACUAAAUCACCACCAUAUUGCAAUGGCCAAUAUCCGUUUAAGGUAUUGUCCAACCUGCAACAAUUACGUUCACAAAAAAGAUUUUGUGAUGUGGAUAUAGUGGCAGGAGGAGCAACAUAUUAUUGCCACCGUGUUAUUUUAAGUGCUGCUUCGUGUUACUUUGAAGCAAUGUUCCGGCCAGAGUUGGGCUUAAAUGAGGUGAAUCAAAAAACCGUGGUAUUGCACACAAUUGACGGUGAUAUAUUAAGCAUACUAUUGGAUUUUAUUUACACUGGAAGAUGUGAGAUAACACAGUCAAACGUCCAAGAGUUAUUGGCAGCUGCAGAUAUGUUGCAAUUACAUGAAAUUGUUGAUGGUUGCUGUGAAUAUUUAUGUCGUGAACUUCAUCCCAGCAAUGCUCUUGGAAUUUUACGUUUUGCCGAAGCGCAUAAUUGUGAAGCUUUGGCGAAGAGUGCAUUGAACUAUGUCCAUGGAAAUUUUCCAGCGAUUGCACAGGAAGAUGAAUUCUUGGAAACACCCCAAGCGCUGCUUUCACAAUUGUUGUCGUCGGAACUUCUGCGUGUAGACUCUGAAUCUCAAGUAUUCCAGGCAGCAUUACGUUGGAUUAAGCACGAUGUCACCCAGAGACGCUGUUUUGUUUUUGAUAUAUUAUCAUUGGUACGCCUUGCGUUGGUUCCUGUGAAGGUUAUAGACCAAGCUCUAAGAGAUUGCCGUGACAUGUCAGUAAAAAUAGCUUUACGUUCCAUAUGCAGAGAUAUCGCUUCCAAGCGUGGACAGCUGGUACCACUGCGCGUUUGUCCCCGUCAACUGGCCAAGAAAAAUAUUUACAUUAUAGGUGGGUCACGCAGGGAAACAUCUUCCACUUGGAAUCCGGCCGAUGAUAUAUUCGAUACGGUGGCGAAAUUCGAUAUUUUCCGUAGGGAGUGGUCGGAGACAGCGCCCAUGGAGAUCGGCCGCAUUCUUCCUGGUGUGGCAGCCUUAAAUGGCAAAAUUUAUGUUAUCGGUGGAGAAAGAGGUGCCCAGAUAUUGGCUAACGGCGAAGUAUACGAUCCCCAAAACGACUGUUGGUCGCCCAUAUCACCAAUGAUUGUACCCCGUUGUGAAUUUGGUUUAUGUGCAAUGGACAAUAGUCUAUUGGCUGUUGGCGGCUGGAUUGGUGAUGACAUUGGCGGUUCAAUGGAACGUUACGAUCCGGAUAAGGAUGUUUGGGAAAUUAUUGGAAAUUUACCGGAACCACGUUUCAGCAUGGGAGUUGUGAGUUUUGAGGGUCUGAUUUAUAUUGUUGGAGGAUGUACUAUUUCGACACGUCAUCUGAACGACCUAGUAAGUUAUAAUCCCGUUACCAAGGAAUGGCAACCUUUGGCUCGCAUGCAAGUGGCUCGUUGCCAAAUGGGUGUUGCAAUAUUGGAUCGUUAUUUAUAUGUUGUUGGUGGUAAUAGUAGUUCGCAGGCUGUUUUAAGUUCUGUAGAGCGUUACAGUUUCGAUGACAACACUUGGUCUACAGUUUGUGCAAUGUCUGUGCCUAGAGCUAUACCAGCAGUGGCUGCUGCCGAUGGUUUACUAUAUGUAGCAGGAGGUGAUCAGCCAUGCGAGGCUGCCUUUUAUCGUGCUCAAGUCACUAUUAGCGCCGUCGAAUGCUAUGAUCCCUUAACCGAUACCUGGAAAAAUUGCCCAGAUUUGCCAGUUAGCCGUUCAGAAGCGGGAGCUGUUGUUGUCUAACCCAAAAAUAAAUUCUGAUAGUGUAGAGUAUUCAUAUUGUAUUAUUUUUCAUAUUGCGUAUUAUUUAAUAUAACUAUUCAUUACCCGUUAAUCGCAUAUGCUACUACAUAUUUAGGUUAAAAUAACCAAUCUCUCUCUCCCUCUAUGUAUUUCUUUCUAGCUUUUAAGUUUUAUAUUAUCUUGAAAAUAAAAUGUUCCAUUUUCGUCGUCGAAGUGCAAGCCAAUCACAAACUAA